AUUAUUUUAAAAAUUUUUUUGAAUGCUCUAACAAGAUUUUAAGGCAGAAAAAAAGCUUAGAUUAUUGCUAUUAUCAGAUAUCUAAGUCAAGACAACAGUGUAAUCCGAAUGGUUUGACAGAAUUGUGCCCUUAAAAAAUAAUUUAACAUUUAUUUAUUAUUAAGGAGGGUGCUAUGAAUUGUACGAUAUUGAUAAACAAUAAAUUACUGAAUAAGGAAAGCUUCCUGAAAAAAUUCGAUUUUUCUUAGAAAUAUAUCCAAAGUUUUUUAUUUAAAUAAGGUUAGAGUAUUGAUAUUUCAUGAUCCAUCAGAUCUCUAAAUCAAAUUGUUAGAUUUAAAUACAAAUAAAAUUAAUCCAAAUUUUGUAUUUAGAUCUAGUGAGAAUGUGAAUACUAAAAGUGAUGAAACAAGUAAAGAGAUAAUUGUUGAUAGUAAAUAUUUAUAUGAAUAACAUGUUAGAAUAUCGUGUAUUCUUUCUUGAUUGUGAAGAAAAAUAAAUCAAAUACUUGAUUUCACAAGAUUUAGAAAAAUACUAUUCAAAUAACAACAUUUGUCAUUAUGCUAUAAGAAUGUUGCCACUUAAUUAUACUCCUGAAACAUAGUUUAACUUAUAAAUAAUAGCAAAAUAUGAUUAUCCUAACAUCAUAGGCUAGACAGAAUUAUUUUGGUGGUAAAUAAAUAAAGAAACUCUGGCUGUUUAUGGUUAAGAUAAUGAAUAAAAUAAAUCUGAAAUUUUAUUAAUAAAACCUCAUUUAUUGGAGAAAGCUUUCUAUAUUGUUCAUACUGAGUUUUAAUGUUCCUAUACAAUUUUGAAUGUAUCUAAUUGGAUUAACACUAAUGAAGUGGCUAUUUGGGUAAAUUGUAAUGAUGGAACAACCAGACCUAGUAUAUUUACUUUUGAUUUAAGAAGUUAUUAUGAUGGAUGUAAUUGGUUACCUGAAUCUGAUUUUACAGUAACUUUAGUAAUGAAUUAAUUGUAAACAUCAUUAGGCUAGAGACGAGUAUGUUGCUGAUGAACCUGCAGUUUUCAUGGAUAUUUAUUAAUUUGAUCUCGAUUCAACUCAUGUGAUUUAAAUUAGACAAGUUGGAAAUGAUGCAAAGAUAUCUAUAAUAAAUUACUAAAACAUUAAAAAACCAGAUAUUGUUAGUGAAGUUAUUGUAAGUUCCUUUUGGAUUGAUCCAGCUGUUGAUCAUUCUUACAUUCUGCUUUAUGAUGACUUAUCGUAUUAAUAUAUAUUAUUAUUCUUAGAAUUGAAGAUUAGACAGUUAAAUUUUAAAUAUUGUUUCCAGCUGAUGCCAGACAUUAAUUACUAUAAAUUAUAGAAAAAUAAAAAAUUAUUGAAAAAUACGGAAUAAACAAUAUCGAAGAAAUGUUUGAAUUUUAUUAAUGA